AUGUUCGGAUUCGACGACGCCCGCGACUCCCACGCCCAAGUCUACGACGACUCCGUCCCGGAAGAGCACCGGGCCAAGUUCUCGCACGAGCUCAUCUCGGGCGCUGCGGCCUUCGAAGGCAUGAAACUGUUCGAAGACCACCAGCGCCGCGAAGGCCAGGCCGUCAGCCACGGCUUCGCCAAGGAGCUGCUGGCGGGCUUCGUGGGCGGCGAGGUCGACAAGUUGGCCGAGACCAAGGGCGAGGAUGCGUGGGACCGGCGCGAGACCAAGAAGAGGGCCGAGCAGCAUGCCGAGCGGAUGUAUGAUGACCAUUAUGGCGGGCAGGAUCAGUAUGAUCCGAACAGGAGGGAUGCGCCGGACUUUGGGUACGACAGGAGAGGGGGUGGGGAGGGGAGGAGGGGGGAUAGGAGGGAUGAGUAUCAACAGGGCGGGUAUCAGCAGGGAGGGUACGAUCAGGGGGGGUACCAGCAGGGAGGAUAUCAGCAGGACAGCUAUCAGGAUGAUCGACAGGGUGGAUAUGACCGGAGAUACUAG